AUGGCGUCCAAGGCGUUCGUGCUGUUCGUGUGUAACGAACAUGAGCACCCGAUCACUUUCAUCGUGGCCGUGAACUUGGUGCUGGGCGUGGCCAGCGCGUGCUACUCGCCCGACUGCUCGACCGGGUCGACCCCUUCCACCCCGACACCCACCACGCCGGGGUCGAUCGGCCAGUGCCCCAUCAACGCACUGAAGCUGGGCGUGUGCGCCGACGUGCUGGGCCUGGUCCAGGCCCAGGUGGGCACGCCGCCGGCGCUGCCGUGCUGCUCCCUCCUGAAGGGCCUCGUCGACCUCGAGGCCGCAGUCUGCCUCUGCACCGCCGUCAAGGCCAACGUGCUCGGCAUCAACCUCAACCUCCCCAUCAACCUCAGCCUCAUCCUUAACUACUGCGGCAAGAACGUGCCCAGCGGCUUCCAGUGCUGAUCGACCGCAUCUCGACUUAUACGAAUAUAUGAGAGCGGCCUUGCAUUGCUUUCCAUUCAUUGCUAUUAUUUGAUUUGGAUUAUCUCUACCUGAUAUCUGGUCUUUAUUAUUCUUCCCUUCCUGUGCAUUUGUUGUAAUAAAGGACUAGUCACUUGUGUGCUGGUGUUUCAAUAAA